AAAGAUUGAGACGAACAGAAUCCCCCUCUCGUAAACACACACACACACACACACAGUGCCAUAAACUCAGAAUCCGAAAACCCAAUUUGUUCACCACAAAGAUCAAAUGGAAACCUAAUUUCUAAGAAAUUUAUCGAUUUCUUUUUCAAUCAAGUAUUAUAUGAUCAUUUCCAUAUCGACGAAACAUAGCAUUUAUCUCAAGUAACUUUCUUACAGAUUUCAUUGAUUCGUGCGCUUUGUGUAUCUUAAGAAAUGGACGAAGAAGAAUUACAGAAGCGAUUCACUGAUUGCGUCUAUUUCUUAGCCUCUCCGCUCACUUGCAAGAAGGGAAUUGAAUGUGAAUACCGACACAGUGAGAUUGCAAGGCUGAACCCUAGAGAUUGCUGGUAUUGGUUAGGAGGAUGCUGUUUUAACCCUGAUUGUGCUUUCAGACAUCCUCCAUUGGAAGGACUAAAGGAAGCAUACCUAGAAUCUUCUAAUCUUAACAAUGCUCCUGCUUUACCUGUGGAGAAAACAAACAUCCCUUGUUACUUUUACUCAAAAGGGUUUUGUAACAAAGGCGAACACUGUUCAUUUCUCCAUGGAUCUGCUGAUGUCAGCCUUGCUUUGAAACCCUCUAAACCCACAUCCAUUGUCAACAAUCCAGUCCCCUGUGUAGAAAAGUUAUUUACAGAAAGUAAAACCAGGUCAACACCAGUCAACAUCCACCCCACUCCAUCUGAAACUGCAAAAGAGGACCACACAAACAAUGUGAGGAUGCCCACACAGGAUUCCCAACAAGAAAGAAGCGAGUCUCCAGAUAUGUCAAACUCAUUGGAUCUUCUGGAAGAAUUUGUUCAAAGUGGAUCUGAUGUUUUUAAUGAUCAAAGUUCUGGUUUUGAUGUUGUUGUUGAAGGUGAAUCUGAAAGGUAUGAAUAUGAACAAGAUGUUGAGUAUUUUUCUGUUCAUGAAGAAGAAGAAGAAGAAGAAGAAGGUGAAAAAGACCCUAUUGAGUAUGAUCAAACUUACCCUGAAUUGGGAAAUGGAAUUGUAAAAGAGAGAUGUGAUGUUUAUGAAUGUUUAGAUAAAGGGGAAUCAAGAAAGAGUAUCUUUUAUCGGCUUUCUUUCAAGAAAAGAAACUUACAAUCAGAAGCUCCAUUAUUUAAUGGCAGAAAAGGUCAUGAUCUUCGUGAGCAUUUGAAGAAACGCAAGGUUUUUAAUAAUGGUUUUCCUUUUCCAUACUGUUUUUCUCAAGGGCAUGAUCGUAAUUUUAGAAGAUAUCCUCAAAGAAAGGCUGUCCCUGUGAACAGAUACAAGAAGCCACAGUUGAUGCAACAGAAGAGAAGAUUUAAGGAAAAAGAUGCUAUCUUCACAGGACCAAAGACCCUUGAUGAAAUAAGAGAAGAAAAGAAGAAUACCCUUCAAAGAAAUGAUGAUUUUCAGUGUUCUAGACAUUUGAGUGAAAGAAAAGAGUGUUUUCAGGGUCCUAGACCUUUGAGUGAGAUUCUCAAGAACAAAAGGAAGUUUGGGUAGUGGG